AGCAGCGGCGCCAUGUUUGACUGGCUCAAUGUGACGGUGGCCGGCCACCAAGAGCAGGGCCUGAAACCCGAGGAGCCGCAGAGGUCUAAAUGCGUCCUGGGCUUCAUCCCUGUGAUUUACUACAGCGCUCUCCUCUGUGUGGGAGUACCAGUGAACAUUUUGACAGCGGUGGCCCUGUCCAGACUGGCGCUGCGCACUAAGAAGGCUCUGUACUAUUACCUGCUGGCGGUGACAGGCUCAGAUAUUCUCACCCAGCUCUUCAUCAUCUUUGUGGGUUUCCUGCUGGAGACAGCAGUGUUUCACCGGGAAGUCCCUACUCUCCUGCUUCACUCUGUCAGCGCCGCCGAGUUCGCCGCAAACCACGCCUCAAUCUGGUCCACUGUGCCCCUGACCGUGGACCGCUACGUGGCGUUGUGCCAUCCUCUCCUCCACCGACAGAUCAGCUACCCAGCACGGGCCAGGAAGAUCAUCAUGGUGGUCUUAGUGUUGUCACUGGCAUCAGGCGUGCCCUUCUUCUGGUGGUCGGACAUGUGGCGGAACAGCAAGCCGGCCACAGCGCUGGAUGCGGUGCUCAUAUGGACACAUGUGACUAUCAUCUACUUCCUGCCAUGCAGCAUCUUCCUGGUGCUGAACUCUCUGAUCAUCUAUACACUCAGGGUGAGGCAGAAGCAGCAGUGCUGCCAGGAGGAGUGCGGGCCCCAGUCAGCCCCUCGGCGGAAACUGGGUAAAACCACGGCCAUGCUGCUGGCCAUCACCUCUGUGUUUUCCGUGCUGUGGGCUCCAAGGACCAUUGUAGUCAUCUGCCACCUGUACGUGGCCUCGGUGCACGACGACUGGCGGGUCCACCUGGCCUACGACCUGUCCAACAUGCUGGCCAUGCUCAACACGGCCGUCAACUUCUUUCUCUACUGCUUCGUCAGCAGACCCUUCCGUGACGCCGUGCGGGACGUCCUGCUGGUGAAAGGCGGUCCGCUGCAUCCUCAGCGUGCCCUGCGGCAACAGCAGGCCCCUGCCAAUGCCUCCCUGUCCUCAUUGUACAGCGGGAAUAACAAGCGCUCCCAGCGGGACUGCACACCACUGCCGCCUCGCAGGGCCGGCAAGAUCAUGUGA